GAGACACAUCACCUCCAUAAGCCGGUUGAUCAAAAAUCACGUUAAAAAAUGGCCAAUAUUUCGAUUUGACGUUCUAGUUUAUUGCACAACAACAAAAGGCUGUAAACAUGGCUGAAGCUGUGCUUCUUCAAAGUUGUUUUCAACUUUUACCGAGUAAAUCGUUUUUUGAAGUUCGGUUGACGCGGAAGAAACUAUUUUAUCAAAAGACAUCGAUUGAUUCUUGCUGCAAUACAUCAAAGUCUCCUCCUUUUUCGAUUAAUGUGGAAGAUAUUUACGGUGCUAAAGUCUUCAAGAGAAAAUUGGAAGCCGAUUUCAAUGCUUAUUUGCAUAUUUUCACUUGCCCCGUCAAAGGAAAGAAGCGAAUACGAAAGAAAAUUCGGUUUAAAGUCUGUGGAUGGGAAGAUUUAGAGGCGAAUAUCAGAACUGCCGAACGAUGGCUGAAGAUGAUUUUAUGGCUUGCGAAAGAUGUUGAAGUUGAGGUUGAGAAAAUUAAUGACAGGAAACUGCCACCUCAGCGUAAAUUACUUGUGUUCGUCAACCCAUUCAGUGGCUCAGGAAAGAGUUUGAAGAUUUUCAACAAAAAUGUGGAGCCAAUGUUCAAUGAAGCAUCUGUAGACUAUACUUUAAUUGUCACAGAAUAUGGUGGUCAUGCCGAGAAGAUUGCACUGGAACUUGACCUUGAGGAAUGGGAUGGCCUUGUGAUUUGUUCAGGAGAUGGGCUAGUUUAUGAGGUAAGUAAUCACAUUGGCCAAAGGNCAGACUGGAAAAGAGCCAUUACUUUACCUCUAGGUGUAAUCCCUACUGGUUCUGGAAAUGCGCUGUGUUAUUCAGCACUAUAUGCAUCUGGGGAGCCAUUUGAUCUCACUGCAGCCAUCUUUGCAGUGAUUCGUGGACAUAUACUUGAAUUGGAUCUCUGCACCAUUGAAACACCAAGCCAAAAAAUUUAUUCUUUUCUGUCUCUUGCGUGGGGAAUAAUAUCCGAUGUUGAUAUUGAAUCAGAGAAAUACAGAUACCUUGGAAAUGCUAGGUUUACUUUGGGUGCUGUUAUUAGAAUCUUAGGCCUUCGUACUUACAGGGGGAGACUGUCAUAUCUGCCUGAUGAUGAUGAUAAUGAUGAUUACAGUGAUGACAGUCAUCAAUCCACRUCAAAUAUAGAUGUACCAAAACAACAACAAACUCAAGAUGAAGAUGAAUCAAGGUUUUAUUCUUUUCCUAAUAGUCCAGAUGGAUUUGAUUACAAUGAAAAAAGAUCAGAAGUCGAUGAAAAGCUGCGGAGUAUUGCUGGAUUGGAAAAUGAGGGUUAUGUAAAAAGCCCAUUUACUUCAGUCARUGAUAUCUCUCAUCAAUUAAAUGAAUCRCCUCAAACRAAAUAUCUCCCUCCAUUACAAAGCAAACUGCCUUCAAACUGGAAGACUGUCGAGGGUGUAUUUGUUCUUGGUUGUGCAGUUCUUCUGUCUCAUUUGGGACCAGAUCUCUUUGUUUCUCCAUYAGCCAAAUUUGGCGAUGGUAUUCUACACAUAGCAUAUCUGAAAUCAGGAGUAUCAAAGUUAAGGCUUUUAUCGUUAUUCAACGAGAUGGAAACAGGAGGUCAUUUGGAUUCCACAGAAUGUGUUUACCUUAAGGCACGGGCCUAUAGGCUAGAACCUGAYCUCUCCCAACCUGGAACAAUAGCUAUUGAUGGAGAAAGGAUCCCUUAUUCUGUAGUUCAAGGAGAGAUUCAUCAAGGGCUUGGUAGAGUUAUGUGUAGUAGACCUUAUUGAGWUUGACAAUUUAGAUGAGAAUUUCACAGCUAUUGAAUAGCCGACUUGCGAAUUACGCAUCAAUAGUCACAUACAAAGGAAUCAAGACGAGGCGCCGUG